GCUGUCUUCGCUCCUUUAUUUUGAAAGUAACACGCAGCACUUGUGGUUUCGCUUUGUGUGAUUCUGUGUGACUUGACGCAGCCGCUGCACCAGACCAGACCCGAAGCACGAAAACAGCUGGUGGACUAUCGAACCCACAACCUGCCACCGAGACACGAUUAAAAACAGGACUACUUCAAGUCGGAGGAGACGGCGACCGACCCGGUUAAGUUCGUGUGAAAAGACCCGGCGACGAAUCCCGCAGGGACCGUGUGUAAAGUGGAUUUGUGAGGAAUGAACGGCCCGCUGCGGCACGUAGCACACACACACACACACACACCGGGCUCCAAAGUUACAAACAGCGCCGUGGAACCUGGUGCGAAGUUGUGAAGACUCGGCCUAAAGUGUGGUGUGUAAAAGUGAAUAUUCAGAACCUGAACUGACAAAUUCUGGAGGACAGAAUCAUGUAUAUGUCUUUAUGAUAGACGUGUAUAAUGAAAUAAGGACGAGUCCGAACGAAUUUCAGAUUACAAAUCUUGCUUGUUUAUCAUUCUGACUUGGCAAAUUGGAAUUAUGACAAAUCAGAGUGAAUUUAUAGAUGUUUAUGGACAGUUGAGUGAAAUGCCGUAAUAAUAAGUGUUUAAAUAUUUCAAAAUAAAUUUUAUUUGGAGUGGCCAUGGAGGAACACGAGAGGGAUAUCAUUGACAUGGAACCCCAAGAGCGCCCCCCAGUGGCGGAUAACGGAGUCAUGAUGGUGGUCCAGCACAGGCGUAUCCAUCCCCCCUUCAGCGUGGUCCUUUCGACGCUCAUCUACUGUGCCGAGUUCGUCCUGGCUGCCGUGUUGUGCAGCAGGUACAGCAAGACACACGACUCCGUGUGGCUGGGGUUCACCCUCACCUUCAUGCUGGUUCCGGCCGUGCUCAUCCAGUUCACCCUCGUGUUUAUACACAGAGACUUGGGUCGAGAUCGGCCUCUGGUCCUCUUCCUGCACCUGCUGCUGCUGGGCCCCCUAAUUAGGUGCAUUGAGGCGCUGGUGAUCUAUUUCAAGGCAGAUAAAAAGGAGGAGCCGUAUGUCACCAUCUCCAGGAAGAUAAGUCUGAAGAAGGGGCAGGGGACAACCAUGGAGUGGGAAAUCGGCCAAUCAGAGCGGAACCUCGCUGCUCACAGGAACGCCUUCAAACGCAUGGCGGUCAUCCAAGCAUUUCUGGGCUCCACCCCUCAGCUGACGCUCCAGCUCUAUGCCACCAUCCAGGAGAAAUACGUCCUCCCCCUCAGAUUGGCUCUGAUGAUCAUCACCCUGAUCUCCAUCACGUACGGGGCUCUUGUGUGCAGCGUUCUGGCCAUCCAGAUCAGAUACGACGACUACAAGGUGCGCAUGCGCCCGACUGCCUACCUCUGCAUGAUCAUCUGGAGAGGGCUGGAGAUCACCGCACGGGUCACCGCUCUGGUCCUCUUUACCACGGCGUUCACCAACUGGGUAAUCCUCGUCGGCAUGUUGAACCUGCUCUUCUUCUUCUUCCUCCCUUGGGUGGAGUUCUGGGCCAAGAAGGGCUCGCUGCCUGAGAACGUUGAGAAAAACUUCUCGAAGCUGGGCACCACCGUGGUGCUGUGCAUGUUCACGCUGCUGUACGCCUGCAUCAACAUCUUCUGCUGGUCCGCGGUGCAGUUGGACCUUUCCCACCGAGAGCUCAUCGAAUGCAGACAGCGCUGGGAUCACCUCGCCAUGUACUACUGCGGACGCUUCAUCGAGAACUUUAUCCUCAUCAUACUCUGGUACUUCUAUAAGUCAGACUUCUAUGAGUAUGUGUGCGCACCGCUGCUGGCUGUGCAGCUGCUGAUCUGCUACAGCCUGGCGGUGCUUUUCAUGCUCCUCUUCUACCAGUUCUGCCACCCGUGUCGACGCCUCUUCAAAUACAACAUCCACGACUGCCUGCGCUGUGUCUGCUGCCAUAAAGGCACAGAGGAAGAGAGGAGGCAGUGGGAUACGCCGAUCCACUCGUACUCCACCGCCGCCACCAUGGUGCUGGUCCUGCAAGAGGCGCCGGACUCCAAUACCGCACAGCCUCCUGACAUCACCAGUGACCUAGGAGAGCGGGAGACGGCCAUUGUUGAUGACAUCAUGGAAGCAGCGUGAGAAGGGUUGUGGUUUACCACAGAAACUAUCAUCGUGUUAUGUUUUCACUAUGUGAGGCCAAAUGCUGGAGAACAAUCAUUUGCCUUUAACUGUAUGAAUUUGCCUCAUUUGUGAUUUAAGAUGCAAUUAAAAGGGUUAUAUGUGACUUUAUUGUAUGCUAAUAAAGGUCACAAUGUGUUUUAAGUAUUACAAACACACAUGAGAUACUGUGGGGAUGGAUCCUUAAAAAGUACACUUUUGAUGUUUGUCUGCCUGUUGCAUCAAAUGGAAAGGACCUGCUUGUUGCCAUGCCCCCUUUUGUUUGAGAGGGUGGAGGUUUGUCUCACACUUUGAUUGUGUUUGGACAUGUCACACAGAGCACAUGUCAGAGUGGUGGGCUUGUUUUAGAUCAAACAGGAGUCCAGAUAUGGACUUUUGUGACAUACGUCACAGAAGUCUACAGUAAAUCUUUUCACAAAUGAAGUUUGCCUAAAGCAAGAUAACUUCUACAUGCACCGGUAUGGAAUUGUGGAAAUUUGAGGAUGUUUUACACAAAACCCCAACUAUAUUUGUCUGUAGAAGUUCAAUAUUCACCUUCACACAGUACCACCACCUUUAAGUUUUUUGUUUUAUGUUGGUGCUUACACUUGUGCCAUCAUGAUGCCCUAGUUUACCAAAGAAUGCAUCAUGUUGAAAUAAGCAACAUUGCACAAAGGCUGCCUUGAUGGUCAGGUUGACUGAACCAGGUGUGCAGGAAUCGUGCCAAGUGCAUCCAACCACAAAAGAAAAAGCCUGACCGGGUCAUCCCCGUUUGCCUUCCUCUGUGGGAUUUUCUCAC